AUGGUAGCCGCAGUGUCAACACCAAUAAUCCCCAAAAGGACAUCAACAGCAAGAACAACGCAAAACCAAAACCCGACAAGACCUCCUUUAUUACCAUCUGACCCAGACAAUGCUAACGCUCCUCGCCGUCCCAAAUCCCGAGAAGUCAGUUCUCGCUACAUGUCAUCAUCCUCUUCAUCGGCAUCGGCAUCGGCGUCGGCAUCCUCUACUUCAACAUCAAAAAGGUGCGCAUCACCGUUGAUUUCUCGACGAACGGCCAUGAUGACUCCAACACCUUCUGCUGCUUCCACAAUCAAACGGUCACAGUCAGUGGAGCGCAGGCGACCCGCUACACCGAGAGCUAACUCUCUUGAUUUGAGGAUGGGAAAUGUCAAUUGUGGUGGCGGUGGCGGGAGCAAUGGUGAGAUGACGAAUGCCCAGAGAAUGUUGAUUACUUCAACGAGAAGAUUAUCGGUGUCGUUUCAAGGAGAGUCGUUUUCGUUUCCAGUGAGUAAAGCGAAGCCAACUCCGUCUCCCAUUAGUGUACGGAAAGGAACGCCGGAGAGGCGUAAAGCAACGACUCCAAUACCGACCAGAGGAGCUGAUCAGGUGGAGAAUUCAAGACCUAUGGAGCAGCAGCGGUGGCCAGGGAGAUUAAGGCAACAGAAUUCCAUGACUAGAAGCAUGGAUUGUACCGAUGAUGGAAAGAAAUUAGCUGGAUCUGGAAUCAAUUUGAAUGUUGUUAGGGCAUUGCAAAAUUCAAUGGUGGAUAACAACAAUAAUAAUAUUAGGUCAUCGAUUGAAAACAGAUUGAGUUCUGAUUCUAGCACAAUCAAUUCCGCGAAUCCUGUUGUGCAUAGUGAUCAUCCUUUGGCUUCUGACACUGACAGUGUAUCAUCUGGUACUACUUCAGAGAGUAGUAUUGGAAAUGCUGCUGGUGUUAGAGGAAAAGGGGAGCCUGGAGCAGGUGAGUUAAUAGCGCCAGCAAGGCUUUGGCAAGAGACUAAUAAUAGAAUCAGGCGGCAACCAGAGCAUGGGUCGCCAGGUUCUCGGAAUACUGGAUUGAAAGGACCUACACCAGCUAAACUUAUUGCACCAAAGAAGUUUGGAAGUGAUAGUCCAUUAUCUUCUCCAAAAGGAGUUGUUAAUAGUAGGGGACAGUUGUCUCCUAUUCGUGGUGGAGCGUUACGGCCUGCGUCCCCAAGUAAGUUUGGGACAUCAUCAACUGCUGCAUUGUCUCCUAUGAGGAGAAUGAGUCCGUCGAGAGUGAGGAAUGUCGUGGGAGGUGUUGUCAGUAGUAAUUUGAGUAAUGUGAGUAGUACUCCUUCAAUUUUGAGCUUUGCUGCUGAUAUUAGAAGAGGGAAGAUUGGGGAAAAUCGGAUUGUGGAGGUGCAUUUGUUAAGGAUUUUGCAUAAUCGGUUGUUGCAAUGGCGUUUUGUCAAUGCCAGAGCUGAUUCUGCUAUGUCAGCCCAGAGGUUGAAUGCGGAGAAAAGCCUGUAUACUGCACGUGUAACAACAUCAAAACUGUGUGAAUCUGUUAGAGCAAAAAGAAUAGAGUUACAAUGGCUAAGGCAAAAUUUGAAGCUGAUUUCCAUCCUCAAGGGGCAAAUGCUAUAUUUAGAAGAACUGGCAUUGAUUGACCAGGAUUACUCCUGUUCUUUAUCAGGGGCCAUUGAAGCUUUGCAGGCUAGCACAGUCCGUUUGCCUGUUGUUGGUGGGGCAAGGGCAGAUGUCCAAAAUCUGAAGGAUGCUAUCUGUUCAGCGGUUGAUGUGAUGCAGGCAAUGGCAUCCUCAAUUUGCUUAUUGUUAUCGAAGGUUGGGGAAGUAAAUUCUCUGGUGGCAGAACUUGAAAAGUUAAGUUGGAAGGAGUGUAAUUGGCUUUCUCAGUGCAAGGAUCUAUUGUCAACCAUUGCAGCCUUGCAGCAUUCUCCCUUUAAUGCUGUUGUUAGGUUUUUAACUAAAAGUGUUCAUGUUGCCAGGUGCAAGAAUAUAGCCUGA